AUGGGGAAUUGCUUUGAGUCGUGCUCAGAGAGGAAUGUCAAUGAGGAUGAAAACGUUGGUUCUUCAGUGAACUCGAAACCCUCUUCACGAGGUGAUAGUGAUACUGGAAGAAGCUCGAAUCUGUCAUAUCCAUGGAGUUUAAAACCUCUGAUCACCAGGAAAAGUGAAGCUAGCAGCGCUUUACCUGCACCGACCAAAGAAAGAGAUAUAAUGCCUUCCCAUCAUUUGAAGUCCUUUACGUUAGAUGAGCUAAAGAAUGCUACAGGAAACUUCUGUCCAGAGAGUCUCAUUGGAGAAGGAGGAUUCGGGUUUGUUCACAAAGGCUGCGUUAAUGGUGGACCGGGAAUCGAACUCGCGGUUGCUGUAAAGAAGCUUAAAACUGAAGGGUUUCAGGGACACAAGGAGUGGCUGAGGGAAGUGAAUUAUCUUGGGAGAUUGCAUCAUCCAAAUCUGGUGAAAUUGAUUGGUUACUCCUUGGAAGACGAAAACCGUCUUUUGGUCUAUGAGUAUAUGCCUAAUGGCAGCUUGGAAAAUCAUUUGUUUGAAAGGCGUUCCAACGUGCUUUCUUGGUCACUGCGUAUGAAAGUAGCAAUUGGUGCUGCUCGAGGGCUAUGUUUUUUGCACGAAGCCAAGGACCAAGUCAUUUACAGAGACUUCAAAGCAGCAAAUAUUCUUCUUGAUUCAGGGUUCAACGCCAAACUCUCUGACUUUGGAUUGGCUAAAGAAGGUCCAACCGAUGACCGUUCACACGUGACAACCGAAGUCAUCGGUACACAAGGUUACGCAGCUCCAGAAUAUCUAGCAACAGGUCAUCUAACAACGAAAUGCGACGUUUACAGCUUCGGUGUAGUCUUGCUAGAGAUUCUCUGUGGACGUCGAGCCAUAGACAAAACCAGAGCUAGAGAAGAAGAAAACCUAGUUGAAUGGGCGAAACCUUACUUGCGAGACAAGCGAAAAGUGUUUAGGAUAAUGGACACUAAGCUUGUGGGUCAGUACCCUCAGAAAGCAGCGUUUAUGAUGUCUUUCUUGGCCUUACAAUGUAUUGGAGAUGUUAAGGUUAGACCAUCGAUGCCUGAGGUUUUGUCUCUUCUUGAGAAAGUUCCGACUCCAAGACAUAGAAAGAGUAGGAGCAAAAGUUUUGGUGCUAACUCUUCUUCCAUGUCUUCAAAACGGUUUCUCAGACACAACUAAGGACUAAAUGUUUAUGGCUUUAAUGUCUUGACUAGGUUCUAACUCUCGCACAG